UUAACGUUCUCUGAAGGGAGUGUGUGAGGAGAGCAGGUCCGGUUUUAGGUGGAGCUGCGCCGGAGGAAACCCCGUCCCCGCCGACACGGUCUCUGCUUCUGGCCUACGGUACCGGACCGGCCGCCUCCCCGUCGUCCCGUCCGGCCUCCCCCCCGGCCCCGGCCCGGCCGGCAGCGCGCCAUGCCCCUCUUCGGGAGCACCUUCAGCCCCAAGAAGACCCCCCCAAGGAAAUGCGCCUCUCUCUCCAACUUGCACUUGCUGGACAGAUCGACCCGUGAGAUUGAGCUGGGCCUGGAGUAUGGCAUCCCCACCAUGAACCUCACUGGCCAGAGCCUGAAGUUUGAAAACGGCCAGUGGGUGGCAGAAUCAGGAAGCUUCACGGGGGAUCGCAGGGAAAUGCAGCGCUUGCGCAAGCGAAACCAGCAGCUAGAGGAAGAAAACAACCUCCUUCGGCUGAAAGUGGACAUUCUGCUGGACAUGCUCUCCGAGACCACGGCCGAGUCCCACCUGAUGGAGAAGGAGCUGGAGGAACUGAAGAGCCACAGCCGGAGGAGGAAGUGAAGCAGCAGCGGAGGACGGGGAGGGCGAGGGGGCUCACAGUGAGCCCCCUCGCCCUGUUGGUACUGUGUGUAGGUACUUUGUUCCACGGGACCACUAGGAUCAAGGUGCCUCCAGGAUUGUGUGGUGCUGCAGGAUGGGCACCCCAGCGAGUCACGCCUCCACGCUGCUCAUUAACGCUCGUCUUCGUUCUCUCGACCUCGCCGCCUUUCCUUCAUCCCAGCCUGGCAGUGGGAACCCCCUUUCCUAAGGUGGCCUGACAGCAGGUGGUGGGAAAGGUCCCACCUCCGGGGGGUCCCCUCCCUGCCUGCUCUGCUCCAAAGCGCGGGGAGACUUCUGACCCCCCCAAAUCCCUCCCCGCGGGGGAGCCCGGGGGGGCUCAUAGGAGCUUCACUGCUGCCUUCAGCCAGCAGGGUGUGAGGGGCGCUUCUUCUCAAGGGUUUUGCAUACUUUACAUUAAAAAAAGAUUACAUUUAAAA